AUGGAACCUUUGGCCCCUGAAAACAUCCGGGGGCCCUGGAGCCUGGCGCCUGGCCGGGGAGACCCGCCGAGAAGGAUGCAGCAGAGCCUCGAGAAGCGGCGGAAGGAUCAGGUGGAGCAGUUUGCGCGGGCCCUCGCCGAGGUGAGCCCCGAAGAGUUCAUGGCCCCAGGUGCGGGCCCCCGGUCCUUGGACCUGAGGCUCUCGGGGGCCAUCCCGCCCCUGUCGUUUGUGCGGCGCGACGUGCUGGGGACGGCAGCCAUUGCACUGAGCGAGAAACGAGCGGCAGAGGAGCUCAUUGCCAAAAGCCGCCAGGAAUCACUGAAUGCCAACCAUGCAAUUGUUCAAGAGGCGCGCCGCAUGCGCGCUCUCAAGUCGCAAACUCAGCGGCCCUUCUCCAUGCAAAGCACUCGCGAUGCUUCUGGCUUGCACAGCCGGCUGUCGGGGGAUGUUGACUUGGCCGAUCUGACACCAGAGGAGAGGGCGAUGUCAGCAGAGACCUACGCUACGAGAUCGCCGUCGCCUAUUCCCGUCGGCCGAGCCUUCGAAGAUAUGCUCGCGCAGUACUACCGCUCUGCAGAGGAAAUCGCAGACAAGGAGUUCGCGGAAGCCCAGAAGGCUCGCUUCGAAGAGACCGACCGGCUUCAGAAGGAGCACGUGCACCGGGAGCACUUCGAGAUGCGGCACCGCCGCCGGGAGGCGGCCAUCGUCCACGAGUUGUUCCGCCGCGAGAGGCGCCGCGUCUUCGAUUCCUCGCGGGCGGUGCUGGUCACAGACCGCUUGGAGGACGAGCGCCGCAAGUGGCGGAUAGAGCAGCAGCGGCGCAAUGAGGCGGCCAAGCAGCAGCGGACCCAAACCCGAGAAAGGCGAGAGAAGUUCGAGUCACAUACCGACUUCAUCCUUAGCCGUGGCGCGUUGGACCGCGCCUGCGGCAAGGCCGACCGGCGGCAGCACCGCCAGCAGCAGCUGCAGAAGACCAAGGCCCAGGUGGACCAGCGAAAGGAGAAGUGGUCGCGGCACGCGGGCCAGCAGAGGGCCCGCCGCCUCUUCAACCAGGAGCAGAAGCGGAUCUGUGACCAAGAGAAGGAGAGGCAGCACCUGUACUGUGCUGCCAAGCAGCGGCAGGAACGGGAGCAGGAGUUGGAGGAGAAACAGCUGCAUGUUCAAAUGCAUCAUGCCUGCGCCAGCCUAUUGAAAGAGAUGAAGACGCAGACCACCUGGUCCUCCACGGAAAGUGCCAGCAUCCAGGACCUGUCCAAGUAUCACAACGCCCUAGAGGCGAUUGCAACCCUCAGUGAUGAGGUUUGGGCUGCAUUGCCUGAGGCUUGUAGGGAAGGCUUAGCUAGCACGCCAGCAUAG